AUGUCCCAACUACCGACGACCGCUCGACGGCCCUCAAACCCCCCACGUACCAAGCGCCGCUCGUUCUCGGGACUGACAGCGCCGGCGGGCAUUGGUGGCGCGACUCCAGCCCUUCGCCGACGCGCGACUGGCACGGUGCAGGCCCUCACCGCGCCCAAAGCUCAGCGAACCUCGAAGACCUCGCAAAAGCUCGUCCUACUCCCUUCGGCUCCUCAGACGAAACCGCUUCCUCGCGUGAACGAACAUGGCUUCAACGAAGAAGAGGGCGACGAUGAACUCGGAUACGAAACCGACGCUGGUGUACGGGUUCGGGACUACAAGAACCAAGGGGAGAGGAUGAGUAAGAGCGAGAGGAAGAAGGCCGGAUUCAGGCGUAUCACGGCUUAUUGCAUCGCGGAGGCGCUGAAGAUGAAGCUCCUUGCGGGGUUCCUGAAGAGGGAGCAUAACGUUGUGCCCAGAAUAUACGAUGAAGCAGUGUAUGUAAUGUACCAACUGCCUCUGCUGCCAGGGUAUGGACCGAAUGUGAACGUUCGUUCAUCAGCCUUCUCGGAGUCGACCGACAACCACAAGAUCAUCCGUCGCAUGUCAGAGGCGGAGAACACGGGCUAUGAUGGCACAUACUUCAACUCAACGUCUCAAGAUGCUCUCCUCGAUCCCCAAGGAUAUAUACCCUCUUCGUCUCCACAGCAAGCCCGCGCCAUUCCAGUUGGCAUCAGCGAUACAGAAGGGGAGACCUCCGACCACGAUCUGGUCGUUCGCAGCGCUUCCGAGGUUGAACUCGCCUCUUCUCCGGAGACCAUUAGAACUCCAGCGCUCGCGAGCGCAUACACUCAGGUUUCGUUCUCCCAGAGUGCACCUGUGCUCCAUGAACCGCCUGUGUCAGCAGCAAGCCAAGGAACCUUCACACCUGAUGUAGAGGACGAGGCUUCACGUCAAGAGAGUCAGGGGGAUGACGUCGCAGAAGCUAUCUUCUUUGAUUAUGGUGUUGUGGUUUUUUUCGGCUUCUCUGAAGGAGAGGAACGCGGCAUUCUGGACGACAUCGAGAACGCCGGCAUUCUGCGACGCAAGAUCAAGGAGGAUGACUGGGAAGUAGAGGAAUGUCAUUACGUCCAUGACCCCAACAUUGCGUAUCCUCGAAUCUACAAUGACUUCUUCACCCUCCGCUCUCACUCGCAUCUCCUUAAGUUGUCCAUCGCUCAUGCUCUGGCACAAUCCACUCUGCUUGCGCACUACGAGACGAACUCACGCGCGGUGCUAUCCUCGCCGGAAACGGUCGCUAUACCACGACAGCUCGCUGAAAGCGGGAAGCUGACGUUAAGGAGGAGAGAUGCAUUGAAGUUAACCGGACGUCUGUUCAAGUUACGCCGGGACGUCAAUCUCGUAUCAAAUGUACUAGACGUGCCUGAACUCUUCUGGUCCGAAGCCAGCCUCAAAGACCUCUAUGACGCCGUUCGGGAAUAUAUGGAAAUAGGGAGUCGUGUUGAAGCGCUGAACGAGAAGAUUGGUGUCGCAAGCGAUCUGUUGGACGCGAUCCACGAUCACCUCAACAACUCGGCCAUGGAACGCAUAACAUGGAUCAUCAUAUGGCUCAUCGUCGCUGCUAUUCUCGUUGAGCUGGGAGAGGUCAUAGCGCGAUUAAUCGUUCAUGCGACCACACGCAAUAGCUCUGCGAAGGUUCUUGUUAAGACCGCAGCAGAGAAGAUUGCGAACUCCACAAGCGGCUCGGUGGUGUCCAAGCAAGAGGUAUUACGGAUUCUGGAACGGAUGAUGGAGCAAUCUUAGAAUGCGAUCACACAUGUGGCUAUCUUCCGUCGCGGCAGUUCGUCUUCUCCCUUCAUCCAAUCUUCUGAGAGAGCUCAAAGAUCCGACUCCUUGUCCUGCUGAUUCUUGCGGCGCGUUCGUGUUCAACCGUUCGACGUCAUUUUACCAGUGUUCACCGCCAGUGUCUCGUCUACUCAGCUACACAUACUAAUACAUGUACCAUAUGUUGCAAUCGCUUUCUUU